ACACCCCAGAACCUUUGGAGGAGAUGUCCAGAGCACCCCGACUCUGCCCUGCAGUGUUGUGGGGCGUGUGUCUUUGUGAUGCUGAUGAAAUUCUUUCAUUUUAUCCCUUGUGGACCCAAAGGCACUACAGCCUUGAUGCAUACUUUGCAUUCUGUAGCAUGGCUGCAAGCACCCCCAAAGCAAAAACAGUCAAAUAAAUCUGGGCCACAUUAAGUUUGUGGGUUACUUAAGAGUAGCAGUUAAGGAUUUACUAAGUCAGAUCUCUGGUUUUCAGACCCAGCUUACUAGUAAGGCCAGGAUGAGCAUUGAAUUAAAACUACAGCAGGCGGUUUCCCUAUUUAAAUUCCAUGUCCACAAUAUCCUAUUUCGAGUUGAAAACUGGAGGCAAGUCUAGAAGACAGGAAGUUUGAAAUCUCAGCUGUCUGAGCGGAACUGCAUUGAGAUUGUGAAUAAACUCAUUGCACAGAAACAGCUAGAAGUCGUUCACACGCUUGAUGGAAAAGAAUACAUCACUCCAGCCCAAAUUAGUAAAGAGAUGAGAGAUGAGUUACAUGUCCGAGGUGGUCGUGUAAACAUUGUUGACUUACAACAGGUCAUUAAUGUGGACUUGACUCAUAUUGAAAAUAGAAUUGGUGAUAUUGUUAAGUCAGAAAAGCAUAUCCAGAUAAUCCUGGGACAGCUGAUAGAUGAGAACUAUCUGGAUCGGCUAGCAGAAGAGGUAAAUGAUAAACUGCAGGAAAGUGGUCAAGUCACCAUUUCAGAGUUGUGUAAAACCUAUGACCUUCCUGGAAACUUUCUGACACAGGCAUUAACUCAUCGACUUGGUAGAAUUAUCAAUGGACAUAUUGAUCUUGAUAACAGAGGAGUAAUUUUUACCGAAGCUUUUGUAGCUCGACAUAAAGCACGCAUCCGUGGACUAUUCAGCGCUAUUACCCGGCCUACACCUGUGAAUUCUUUGAUCUCAAAAUAUGGAUUUCAGGAACAGCUCCUUUACUCUGUGCUUGAGGAACUUGUUAACAGCGGACGCUUACGAGGCACUGUGGUUGGUGGAAGACAGGAUAAAGCAGUGUUUGUCCCAGACAUCUAUUCCAAGACACAGAGUACUUGGGUUGAUUCCUUUUUCAGGCAGAAUGGCUAUCUAGAAUUUGAUGCUUUAUCUAGACUUGGGAUUCCAGAUGCUAUAAACUAUAUAAAGAAAAGGUACAGGAGCACACAGCUCUUGUUUCUGAAGGCAGCCUGCGUUGGUCAAGGACUUGUCGAUCAGGUGGAAGCAUCAGUAGAAGAAGCCAUCAGCUCUGGAACGUGGGUGGAUAUUUCUCCUCUGCUGCCUAGUUCUUUGUCAGUUGAAGAUGCGGGCAUGUUGCUCCAACAGGUGAUGAGACCAUUCAGCAAACAGACUUCUGCUGUAGUCUUUAGUGACACAGUUGUAGUCAGCGAAAAAUUUAUAAAUGACUGUAUAGAAAUAUUCAAUGAACGGAUGCACCAAAAAGCUGAAAAGGAAAUAAAAAAUAAUCCAGUGUAUUUAAUCACUGAAGAAGAUCUGAAACAAACUUCCAUGUUAGAAAGUGUUAACACAAAUAAGAAGGAUAAAAAAGAUGAGCGCAGGAGAAAAGCAACAGAGGGCAGUGGAAGUGUCAGAGGAGGAGGUGGGAGCAAUGCCAGAGAAUACAAAGUUAAAAAAACCAAGAAGAAAGGAAGAAAAGAUGAGGAAAGUGAUGAUGAGUCUCAGUCAGCCCAUGUUGGAAAGAAGAUGCCAGAGGUCACAUUCAUGUUCCAAGAUGAGAUUGAAGAUUGUUUAAGAAAACAUGUGCAAGAUGCCCCUGAGGAAUUUAUUUCUGAACUUGCUGAAUUCCUAAUAAAGCCUCUUAACAAGACUUACUUUGAGGUAGUACGAUCAGUGUUCAUGUCUUCAACUACUGCUUCUGGAACUGGCAGAAAACGCACAAUCAAAGACUUACAAGAAGAAGUUUCAAACCUAUACAAUAAUAUUAAACUGUUUGAAAAAGGGAUGAAGUAUUUCGCAGAUGACACACAGGCUGCGCUGACCAAGCACUUGCUCAAGACAGUUUGCACAGAUGUCACUAACCUCCUGUGUAACUUCCUGGCUGCAGAUCUGAUGAUGGCAGUAGGUGACCCUGCAACCAUCACAAGUGAGAUAAGGAAAAAAAUUAUAAGCAAAUUACCAGAAGAAACCAAAGUAGCUCUCACAAAACUCCACAACUGUCUGAAUGAAAAAAGCAUAGAAGACUUUCUUUCCUGUCUGGAUUCUGCAACAGAAGCUUGUGAUGUUAUGGUGAAAAGGGGAGAUAAAAAAAGAGAAAGGCAGAUCUUAUUCCAGCACCGACAGGCACUGACUGAACAGCUGAAGGUCACAGAAGACGCUGCUCUUAUCCUGCACCUCACAUCUGUGCUGUUAUUUCAGUUCUCCACCCACAGCAUGCUCCACGCACCUGGAAGAUGUGUCCCACAGAUCAUUGCUUUCCUUAACCAUAAAAUUCCAGAGGAUCAGCAUGCUCUUUUGGUAAAGUAUCAAGGCUUGGUUGUGAAGCAGUUAGUCAGUCAAAGUAAGAAGACUGGGCAAGGAGAGGAUCCCUUGAGUGAUGAGUUCGACAAAGAACAUGACAACACCAAUACUACUCGGAAAGAGCUUCAAGAACUUUCUGUAUCCAUUAAGGACCUUGUUCUGAAAUCUAGGAAAACAUCUGUGACAGAGGAGUUAUAAUCCUCUUUACUUUUGUUAUAUAGUGAGCAUUUUCCUCCAAAGUUAAAGGUGAAGUCAACAGAAAUAGUUACCACAUUCUUUUGUCCCCUAUUGACCCUUCCCCAUACAAUCCAAAUAAAACAGCAGCAUUGUAUUAAAUGUAA